UCCUGCAGGACGAGCAGACCCUUCUCUAACGUCCGGAUAACAUCCUCAGUCACGUAAGAGCGAUGUAGCCGUGGUGGUCCAGAAAUGACGUGAGAGGCAAGGGUUUAUGCCAACUACAUGGGUGAUCGGAGAAAGUCCUGAGACAACUAACAGGGACUAUUUUUACUCCGUUCAGCUUUUGGCGGGGACUCUGAAGUUAUUCGCUUGGGUAUGGAAAAUCCAGACAACAGGACUGAGAUUGUGCUGGUAGCCUGUGGCUCCUUCAAUCCAAUCACCAACAUGCACCUAAGGUUAUUUGAACUGGCUAAAGACUAUUUGCAGGAAACAGGAAAAUACAAAGUAAUCAAAGGAAUCAUUUCACCAGUCAGUGAUGCAUAUCGAAAGAAAGGUCUGAUCAAUGCCAGUCACCGGGUAACCAUGGCAAAACUAGCUACGCAAAGCUCAGACUGGGUGGAAGUUGAUGACUGGGAAAGCUGUCAGAAUGAGUGGUCGGAGACGCUCAAAGUCUUAAGAUACUAUCAUCAGAAAUGUAUGUCUUCUAAUCCUACUAACAGCCCACAGAGGACUGCCCCUUUUACAAAGCCAGGACGGAAGAGAAAAAAGGAAGGAAAUAGUCAUGUUCCCAUUAAAAAGAAUCAACAAAACCCAGGAACAAAGAGUGUCCCACAGAUUAAGCUACUGUGUGGCAGUGACAUAGUAGAAUCCUUUGGAGUGCCCAACCUAUGGAAAUCGGAAGACAUCACUGAAAUUGUGGCAGACUAUGGUCUUGUGUGCAUCAACAGGGCUGGAUACAAUGUCCAGAAAUUUAUCUACGAGUCCGACAUACUGUGGGAACACAGGCAUAACAUUCACUUGGUGGACGAGUGGAUCACCAAUGAUAUCUCCUCUACCAAGAUCCGCAGAGCACUACGGAGACGCCAGAGUAUCAGGUAUUUGGUACCUGAUGCAGUUCAGGCUUACAUUGAAAAACAUGAUCUAUAUAGUCCAGGGAGCGAAGACAAGAAUGCUGAGGAAAUUCUGGCUCCUUUACAGAAACAUGCAAGUUCAAAGCAGUAGCAGACUUGUAAUCAGUCCUUCUUUCUUUAUGCUGUAAAAAUGGAAAGAUGUUUGAACUUUUCUAGUGAAUCUGCAUGCAACUGCUGUGGAAUUUAGCUGGAGUUUUGUGUUCACAAGGAUUCAAAAGUGCACAAGGUUUGGGCCUCCACCAUUUAGGAGCUUGAUUUCCUUCAAUGUCUUCCACCUUACUGUUGUCAUUUACCAUUGUUCAGAGUGAGAAUAAAUUGGGUGCAAAAUGUUUUACCUUCACUUUGCCAAAGUAGAAAUGGCAACAAAAGAGGCAAGGCAAUGGAAAAAUCACAGCAAAGCUUAAGCUUUUACAUUUAAGUUUAGUAAAAACUACUGUUACAUAUCUUUAUGGAUUUUUUUUUUAUACAUUCAGCAAAAAAAUGUUUACGUGUGCGUGCGCGCACACAUUUAAAUAUUUUCACAAAGGAAUGUGAAUAAAGCAUGACAAACUCUGGUGCGUGAAUACCUGGAAGUGAAACUGCCUGGAAAUGGAUUGAACUAAUCUGUUUAUUUUCCCAGUUCAGAGAGAGUAAUAGCAGUUUAAAUAAUUUCCAGUACUGUAAAAACAUCAUGAAAAAUGAACAAGAUUUCCGGAGAAAACCGCAGUUGGCUGAGAAAAAUAAAAGUUGCAGCUGCAGACUGUAACCCCUUGGAUCCAAAAUAAACCUGCGCUGUAACCCAGGAAACUUUAGCCUGGCUCCAACCUGGGGUAACAUCCCCCAGGGCAAGUUAGUUUCUUCUCAGGACAGCUAUUGGUUUGCACCUGCCUGCUCUGAAGAAGUUACCUCCAAGCUUUUGGCUUAAGGGUCUCUGUCUUGGAGUGGCUCUGGGAGUAGCGUUAGAGCCCAACAAAAGCAAAAUCAUUUCAAGACAGUUACCCUCCAGCUGUCUUGUGCUUUAUUUGAAAGCUUGAUAACCUUUUUAAAAAACUGUUACAUUUCCUUUCUUAUCAGUGAUACAGAGUAAUUACCAUACACCAAAAUCCGGAGCAUAUAGUCUUACUCAUUUCAAAUACUUUAUUGUUCCCACAGUAUUAUGUCAUAAAAGAAAGAACAAUGAGAAGGAUUGAAAGCCACUUGCUA